AGUCACUGUCAAAUGCGGUGAACGUGGGGGAACCACCACAGGCCCCCAGUAGUUCUCAUUUUCUCGUCGUACGUCAUAAAAAUCUACGGGAUUAAUGAGUUAUAAAUAAACAACAGGCAAUUGCCAACGAGUCAAAAUAUAAUUAGUAAAUAGUUAUUGAUGCCCAGAGGAUUGCUGAUUUGCACUGAACCAGGGGAUUCAUUUGUUUUCAUUUUUGUGAUGUCCGUUAACAAUAAAGUGGUUCAGUCAAGAGUGCGACGACGUUGAAUGAACACACAGCUGACUAAUGUGAAUCCCAGUGCUUGUGCCCUUUCGAAUUCGCACUCGCGAGUACGUGUGCACUCAAAUCGUCCUGUUUGCACCCAAGUGGGAAGUGUUUCUUGCUCUUGAAAGGAUCUCGGAUUUUUGGACGUCAAUUGGGGCGAUAAAACGGGAACUGCCACUGUGCAGUUCGUGACUCAGGUCGGGAUAAUGGAACAAGUUAUCGCGUUGAGCACACAAAAUCCAUUGUCAUUGCUCGUCAAAUUUGGCAUGAUGGCCUGGAAUGGUUCUACUACUUGUGGUAGUGACAAUUGCUCGGGACAUGGCGAGUGCCACAAUGGAACUUGUUUGUGUGAGAUAAAAUUCGACGGUUCCGACUGUCAUGUACCCAACUCUGCGUACUACAUUGCAUUUGCAACAAUGUUCUUCAUUCUUGCAUUCGUGUGUCUAAUGCAAUUGGUUAUGUGUAUUGUUGCUGAGUGGCAGAGGAUGAAGGCACCGUCGUUCUGGCGGGCAUGUCGAGUCACGACUCAGAAAGUUCUGUACUUCAUUGUCUUUCUAGCAUCUGUUAUUCGAGGAGCUUACUUCACCUCCCCAGCUGCUGUCAAGGAAGGAUGGGCAAGAACUCUGUCGUCAACGUAUUAUUUACUUGUACUGAGCGGGUCCUCUCUGGUUGUCUGCUUCUGGGCUGAAAUUUUUCACAUUCGCGAUAUUCGCACUGAUAAACCACAGUUUUUGUCGAAAUCUUUCCUGGCUUUUGCUGUAUUCAACGUCAUGAUUUUCUCCCUUCUUAUUACUGAGUUCGUCAUAUCUCAGAUUGACUCGGAAGUUGAUCAAGUGUAUUACACCCAAAUUUUCAACGGUUGCUACGCAUUCCUGCUCUUUAUCGUCAUCAUACCGUUCCUAAUUUACGGCGUCGAGGUUUUCUUCAAGUUGCGAGGUGGAUCGGUCAGUGAGCAGCAUGUUACUUCAAUCGCAACCAACGUCCGUACACCCGAAAAAAUGCAGAAUGAGGAUCCAGUUACCGCUAAGCUAUUCGAUCCAAUACCAUCACCAUCAGUGGAUCUUCAACAAGUGGACACUUCUCUGCUGCAUCAAUCGAGAUUUGGGCUGUUAUGGCAGGCAUCUAUGCUGUUCAUCAUCGUCGGAUUUUUAUUCAGCGAAAUAAUCAGUGAAAAAUGGAAAACAAAGGUCCCAUUGUAUAGCAGGAACUGGCAUGAAAUUGUAUUUCGACUGAUCGAAGUUAGUGUCGCACUUUGGUUUCCUUGUGUCCUCUGGAAUUGCAUGAGCCCGGAACAAUUGUGGAUAUUAAAUCCUAAGAGAAUUUUGAAGCGUCUGGAUUUGAAUAAAGAAAAACAGAUCAAAGAAAUUGAACUCCAGGAGAAAAAAGAUAUUGCAGAUGGUAAAUUAUUGCCUGACGGCCAGUCUUCAAACGCCAAAGACUGUUGGAUCUGCUAUGACAGUGAGACACAAGAUGCUGGGCCCUUGAUUCAACCCUGUCAAUGCAGAGGCGAUGUCAGCACUGUUCAUCAUAAUUGUCUACGUAGAUGGCUGGUCGAGAGUUCGAUGAAUGCAGACAGUUUGACUUGUAAAGUAUGUGGCAGCAAGUACAACGUAGAACACGCCAGUAGACUAGACUGGCAGCACAGCUUAACACCUCGUCAUUGGCUGCAAACAAUUGCCAUUGUCAUGACAAUGUGUGGAGCAUCCGCAGGUGCUUGGAUACUUAUUCAAUUGGUGGAGGGACCUAUUAUUCGAAUGCUGGCUGCAGGAGCUGCCUUGCUCAUUCUGUAUGUCUGCAUCAGAUUCUUGAGUAUGAAUACAGUGGUGGCUUAUCAACGGGCCAAGGUCUCCUCUCUCAACAUCGUUGCUGCUGACAACACCAUCCAACCCACAACAAGUCAUUAUGUUCCAACUAUCAGCAAUGCAGUGACAGUUGAAUUGCCAAAAUCAGAAAUAGCUGCGAUAUAAGUACUAUUAAAUCCUCUCAUUAAUCAUAAAAAUCCACCAAAUUGAACCUUAAAUCAUUAGUGAUUCAACAUCACAAUCAUCAUCGUCCAUUUUUCAUGAAUUGCUUACUUUAUGAUUGGUUGAAAUGGAAGUAUUAAAAAGACAAAGUCGAUAUUUGGAGUGCCUCUCCAAUGUGUGUACAUUCAGCCUAUUAAACCUUUCCAUUGAUCCCCAAAAUCGUUUGGUGUGGAUGGCAGGGGGGAGGAUAUUGUAUAAAGCCAUACUGUAACUUUCACGUAUCAUAUCAUAGCUAAAUAGCAAAAUAGAAUCAAGUUCAAAAAAUUUUUCAACCCUGAGACGUGAAUAUAUUCGAUAUUAUCAAGUUUAGGGAUAAUUUCUAAAGUACUUUUUUGUCGACGAGACAUUUUCACAUAAAUAAUGUCUCUUAACAUCGCCACUGAACCCAAUAGUUACUGAGAUAUGCUCACGACAAGCAGUCAGAAUAUUUUGUUUUUGCCUAUUAUCCCUCUUGUUCUACAAUCAAAAUUGUCCUCGUCAUUUUCAUGUUCGUUAAAUGUGGUAUCAGUGUUAAAAAUGACGUAACAUGUUGCACUGACUGACUACAUCAUGUAACGAAGUAUUGGUGAACGUUGAUUAAUAGAGUGUACCAAUCAUCGUAAAUUAAGUUAAUAAUAUAUGAAUUUAUUCUCCAGAUAAGUGUAACUCACCUCAUUAAUAUUGUAUUUUUUAUGUAAGAUAAUUACCAAUAAUUUCAUUGGUUUGUGACUUUCAUCUUCCAAACUCUAAUGCACUGUUAUUGUUGGGGAGCAUUAUACUUAACUGACUGUCAAAACUUUUACCAUUAACUGGUUAAGAGAGCAAUGUAAUGUUUAACAUUUCAUGAGAAACAUUGUAUCUUUACAGCAAAAAAUAGUGUCUGAAUUUCACACACUUUUUGUAGACAUUUCUCAGAUAAAAUAAACGUCUGACGGAAAGGGAAAUUCGUCUAAAUUACAGACGAACAGGUGCUCAAGUAUCUUAAUUCCGGCUUCAAGUUUGGACAUUAAUGUUUGCUAUGUUUUCUUCUUCAUUUUAACAACUCAAUUAUCAAUGAAUUUCAAGCGCAGUAUUAAUUAGGAGAAAUUGUGACUAGGUCACAGUAACUUGAAAUUUAUAUGCAAAAUGUAGUUGUUUGGAACAUCCAGGUAGAUCUCUGGAAAGGGGAAAUCCUUUAAAAUUGUCUAAUUGGUUUCGUAGACAUGUGUAAAGUUGACAGAGUGAGAGGAGAAAAUUUCAAUAAUACAAUGUUCUUUGGCAUUUUCUCUUAAAAUCAUUCGUUAAUAAGAUAUCGUUUUGUGUAAGUAAUAGGGAGCAUUGAUAGAAUCCACAAGCCAUAUAAUUUUGUCAUUGAUUGCGGAAAAUUUUCCGAACAAAAAAAUCGAAAAAUUUCACUUAACUACUACAUUUAUCAUUAUGUAAAAUUUCAUCGUAACAAUUUCAUUAGAGGUUUUUUUUAAAAAAACGUAGAUUAAGAAAAAUUAUCUGGGAAAUUAAACGAGUUACCUCGAAUUAGAAACCAGUGUAUCGAUGUACCUUUUUCGUAGAAACAAAGUAAAAAAAUAUAUAUUUGACUAUAAAUCCAUGUACAGAAUAA